AUGUCCGCCCUGUUAGAAGUGGACCCAAAUCGUGUCGAGCAAGGCUCGGUUCCAGAAGACUUGGAUCGAAAGCUAUUCGGGAAGCAAUGGAACGACUCCUGUCCAGGGGAUGAGCUCGCGCUCAUGGAAGACAUUGCCAACCAGAAACUGAAGAUCAACGCGCUUUGGGAGGAUGUCGAUAAGAAGAAACGAGACAUUUCCGCCGUCUGGUCGCUAGUUGAAGAAAGAAGACAACAGUUAUUCGCCCUACGAGCCAGACGAGCGCCCGUCACCCGUCUUCCAGACGACGUGCUGAUGAUGAUCUUCGAAGUCGGCGCUGUCGAGAUUGGAUCCCGCGAGUAUAGUGGUUCUAUCCAGCUGUUAUGCCCUCAGGUCUGUCGCAGAUGGCGAGCUGUCGCAUGUCACUCCCCGUAUCUCUGGUCUCGAUUCCAGAUCUGCCACCUUCGAUCUCUCGAACUUGCCGAACACCAGGCCGCCCUCCACGCUCCAUAUCGGUUCGGAAUCCUGGUGUUCUUCGGGUGCACCGUUACUCUCAAGAGGGGAACGCUCCUCAAACGAUUCUCCAAAUUCGUCGCCAAGUUCCCGGAUCAAAUUUCGUACUGGAACACAGAGAUAGAACUUACACUCGACACCUUCACCGUCCCUGCUCGCUUCUUUUGCUUUCCCUCGCUCUCCCGUUUAACACUGGUGAUCCAAGAAGGUUCGGUGCAAGAUGUCGGACAGCUCCUUAUUGGGUGCCCUAACCUUCGGUAUCUGGCUAUGACCGGCGGGUAUUUUAACAGGCCAUCGCCGAUCCGGGCAGAGCUGAAGAGUCUUGAAAACCUGACCAUGACAGAUUGCGGACUGGACCUGCUCAGCCAAACAGUACAGUUACCGUUACCAAGCCUUCGACGCCUUGCCGUGAACAGGAGCUACUGCGUCCGAGAACUGCUGCCGCAGCUUCCUAACCUCGUCGAGCUUUCGUUAUCGGGGUCGCACACUGUACAGGAAGCAAUACUCUGUCUACAGGAGCUGCCUGUGAAAGCCGCUGUCAUGCUCCCGAUGCUUCACACCCUUUCAGUAGAGUGGCUGUGGGAGUAUCGUACAGACGUUGCCCGUUCAAAGUUGCUAGAUUUUAUGAUCCAACGCCAAUCUUCUCCCUCGCCACUUCAGCUUCUCCGCAUGUGUCCGAAGCUGAACGAGGAGGACGCGCUCAUCCCCGCCCAUACUCGGUUCUUGCAGCCGAGCAACAUCAGCCCGAUCUUCCAGGGCGCGCAGGUUGAUGUCUUCUUCGUCCGUGGGAUAACGGCUGGCUUUUCGACGGGAAUGGAAGAGCGGAUCCAGCGGAUAAUGAAGAUGAUGAUGAAGGUGACGAAACCGAUCAUAGCUUAG